GCUGUUACACUAUAUAUCUACACGGUGGCUGUGUCCGUGAGGGGGUAUCAUUAUUUUACAAGUGCAUUCAGUGAUAACCCAAAGAGACGGAUUGAGAGACUGGACUAAAAAAGCUUUCAUUUUUUGUCAGAAUGGAGGUAGAAACAGACCUUUAUCGUUAAUAUCCGUCAGAGGAAACUGAAAAAUUUCGGAACAAUUUUUUGACAGAUUGAAGACCAUUGCUUAAAAGGCUUUUUAUUAAAAAUGUCGAGAACGAACAUCAAGGAACAAUGGCUGGAUGUGUGGAUUUCUUUUUCUCUAGCCCUGCUGAUUGUGACUAAUUUGGAAGGAAUAUCUGCUCAAAUACGGUAUUCCAUCCAGGAAGAAUUGAAAAUAGGCACGGCAGUUGGAAAUGUGGCAAAAGACCUUGGAUUAGAUGUUGGAAGACUGACGGAUAAGAAUCUUCGUGUCGUGUCAGGAACAAAGCAGGAUCUGUUUAAGGUAAAUCCGAGAGAUGGAGUUUUGUUGGUGAACCAGAGAAUAAACAGAGAGGACCUGUGUGCAAAAACUGCUCCAUGCAUCACAAAUCUGAAAGCCGUUGUAGAAAAUCCCCUCGAGAUGCACCAAAUAACUGUUGAAAUACUCGAUGUAAACGACAAUUCACCGAAAUUUCCUGAAGAAAACUACACCUUAGAGGUGCUGGAGUCCGCCAUAGUUGGAUCUCGAUUUCAAAUGGAAGGAGCACACGACUUGGAUGUUGGUUUGAAUUCCUUACAAUCAUAUAAGCUCAACCACAACCAGUAUUUUCGGCUGGAAACGGAAGAAUUUGGGGAGGAUGGAAAGGUUCCAUUCUUAAUCUUACAGCGACCUUUAGAUAGAGAACACGCCGCUCAACACUGGCUACUCUUAACAGCUAAUGACGGGGGUAAACCAUCAAAAUCUGGUACUAUUAAUAUCACUGUUAUUGUGUCUGAUGUAAAUGACAACUCACCAGUGUGUGAUAAACAGAAAUACACCAUAACAAUAAAGGAAAACGCACCUGCAGGAACAUUUCUGCUGACAGUAAACGCGUCUGACUCGGAUGAAGGGGUUAACAGUGAGAUCGAAUAUUCUUUACGGAGUAAAAUUAGAGGACUCUCAUCUGAACCGUUUGAUUUGAAUAACAGAACUGGCAAACUAACGGUGAAAGGAGGUCUUGAUUACGAGGAAAAGCAAGUGUAUGAUAUUAAGAUACUGGCUGCGGACAAAGGUGCAGUGUCUCUCUCCACACACUGCAACGUGGUUGUUAGAGUGGAAGAUGUGAACGACAAUCAACCCGAAAUAGAGAUCACAUCCCUUUCAAGUCGCAUUCCAGAGGAUGCACCUCCUGGCACGGUGGUGGCGUUGAUGGGUGUGACGGACCUCGACUCAGGUGUGAACGGACAGGUGGUCUGCAGUGUGUCCGGUCAUUUACCUUUCGACUUAAAGCCGUCCCCUGACGGACAGUCAUACUCUUUGGUCACCAGGGACUACCUAGAUAAGGAGACUAUACAUAUGUACGAUAUCACAAUAACGGCUAAGGAUUUAGGGAACCCCUCGCUGUCAUCAACGAAGGUGAUACAUGUAGAUGUGCUAGAUGUUAAUGAUAACAGUCCUUUGUUCACUGAAAGCCCAUAUACUUUUUAUGUGCCUGAAAACAACAAGGCUGGGAUGUCAAUUUUUUCAGUGAGAGCUGAAGAUGCUGAUGGAGGCGACAAUGCUGCAGUCACAUAUUCACUCGACCGCAAGAGUUCGGGGCCCACCCUAACUUCCUUUUUAAAUAUAAACGAAGCCAAAGGCACUAUAUCCGCGCUACAAAGUUUUGACUUUGAAACACUGAAAACGUUCCAGUUCCGA